AGGCGACGAGCCGCUCGCCAUAUCAUUCAUUAGUUUUCUCUUGCCUUGAAUGGAUAGUGCUUCUUGUGUGAUGUGCGGAAAAAUUGUAUCCAUAUCCGUGCCCAGCAGCAGUAGCAGCAGAUUCACCAUCCAGGAGCGCUACCUUUUUUCUUUAGUUUUUUGUUGAGUUUCUGCUGAGUAGUUAUCAACUUUUUUGGUUUUCGGGCUGUUCCAGACGGUUAGUUCCGAUGAAAAACCAGUGCAGAAGUAACGAAAAACCCUUCCCCGAAGUUAGAUUGAAGAUUUAGGUCGACCAGAAUAAAAAGGCUUCAGCCGAAAAAAGCGGACAAUUUCUUGCUGCGAAUGACGAGCGCGUUGUGUGUGUGAGGACCGAAAAAUUUAUUCUGGGUGUGCAAUUUCCGUGCGAGGAAAAUUUUUACUUUAUUGGUUUAUUUAUUUUAAUAAUGAGUGAUUAUUCAAACCAGAACUCGCAAAAUUUUAGUCAAUCGUCAGCAUUUGCAGCCGCUUUACAGAGAGCUAAACAAAUUGCCGCUAAAAUACACCCGGGUGGUGGCCAACCGGUGAAGAGAUCGCUUGAGGACGACUCGGGACCAGAAUCGAAAAAGUUUGGAGGACAGUCUGACUUCAACAAUGCAAACUCGCCGACUGGCAUGAGCCCAGCUGCUAUGCAAGCCGCUGCUCAAGCUGCAGCCGUAGCCGCACGUUUAUCGCAAAUCAACAAUAACUCAAACUCGAACUCGAACUCAGCAGCCCCCGGAGCACAGGAUCCAGUCCAGAGAGCACGUGACCUUAUAAAUAAAAUGGUAAACCAACAGGGAGGCCCCAACGGUCCAAUGGAUAACGGUAAUCACGGAGGUAAUGGUGGAGGUGGAAGUGGUGGUGGAGGAGGCGGCGGUGGUGGCCGCGGAGGCUUCGGUUCGUCCAACUUCGGCAACCAGCCAUUCCAGGAAAUUAUGAUUCCCGGCUCGAAGGUUGGGCUCAUUAUAGGCAAGGGAGGUGAAACAAUCAAACAGUUGCAGGAAAAAUCUGGCGCCAAAAUGGUUAUCAUCCAGGACGGCCCUGGCCAGGAAAUGGAGAAACCAUUGCGUAUUUCCGGUGAUCCACAGAAAGUGGAACACGCCAAGCAACUCGUUUUUGACCUGAUACAAGAGAAAGACAACUACAACAGUCAACGACAAAGUAUGAACGGAACGGAACAGGCCGAAGUGUUUGUUCCCAAGUCUGCCGUUGGUGUCGUGAUUGGCAAAGGCGGUGAUAUGAUUAAGAAGAUUCAGGGUGAAUCAGGCUGCAAAUUGCAGUUCAUUCAAGGCCGUGGAGAUGGGCCCGGUGAUCGACGUUGCAUCGUGCAAGGAUCGAGAGCUCAAGUUGAAGAGGGCAAACGGAUGAUUGAAGAGCUAAUAGAAAGUGUUCAGCGACGUGAACAAGGCGGUGGUGGACGCGGAGGUCGUGGUGAACGAGAUGAACGCGGCGACCGAGGAGAUCGACCACACCGAGGAGGUCGUGAAAGUCACGAUAAUGGAAACGGUGGACAGUUCGGGGGAGGGGGUGACUACAGUGGCCCCCAAGUGACCCGGGAAGAGUACACUUUCACUGUUCCUGUCAAUAAGUGCGGCAUCAUAAUUGGUCGCGGUGGAGACACCAUCAAACAAAUCAACCAACAGUCGGGGGCGCACACCGAAAUGGAUCGCAAAGCGUCUGCGAACCAAACAACAGAGAAGACAUUUACCUGCAAGGGUGAACCUCACCAGAUCGAGGAAGCAAAACGGUUGAUUCAGGACAAAAUCAACAUGGAAGUGAAUCUGGUGUACGUUGGUUCGUCAACAGCUCCAGCACAACAGUUUCAGAAUAACGGUCAAAAUGCGUACGGUGGUCAGAGCUGGGGUGGCUAUCAGCAACAGUCUUGGGAGCAGCCGCAGCAGGUACAGCCAAGUCCUGCCUCUGCAGCGGCAGCUCAGCAGCAGCAACAAGCUGGCCAAGGACAGGCAGAUUACUCACAGCAAUGGAUUGAGUAUUAUAGAGGAGGACCCACUAAUCGGUCUCACCAAUCCUCUUCCAGACAAAUGGGAAUGCAUCGCGAGGCAGAGAUGAUCGAACAGCAAGUCAAAGCCCGACAGGCAGCCGCACAGCAGGGAGCAACUCCAACACCAGCGGUUCAAACGACUCAAGCUAAUCAAACUGUCCAAGCACCAUCAGUUGUGGCGACGAACAAUGCUGGAGCGCAACAGUCGGGCGGCGGCCAAGCAGACUACAGCGCCGAAUGGGCCGAAUACUACCGAAGACUCGGUAGAGUUGACGAGGCCGAAGCGAUCGAGAAACAAAUCGCUAACAAUAAGGCUAUAACGACACCGGGCAGUGCAGGAGGACAACCGGGAGGCGCAGCCGGACCACAAUUUAGUGCAGCUGGAGGAACUCCGGCUGGUGCCGGAGGCAAUCCUCAGCAGAUGGCGGCAGCCCAACAGGCAGCAGCCGGGGGAUAUGGUGCACAGCAGUACCAACAGUACUACGCUGGGGCAGCAGCAGCAGCAGCCGGUGGACAACCAGGGGGAUACCAAGGAUACCCGUAUGGAGGCGGAUAUCCUGGACAGCAGGGUGGGCAACCGGGUCAGCAGCAGGCAGGACCGGGACAGGACAAGAAUUAAUCUAUGGUCGUCCAGUCCGUCUGCUUCUUCCAUCAGCCCCCGUAACUCACUAAGAUAAUGUUUGCUAUAUAUAACCAUAUGUAUCAACUAUUGAGCACAUUUAACAACAUUAGCGUUGAAGCUAUGUAGGACAAAUAAAAAUCUAGGAUCAAACACGGCUUGUUAGCAAAAGAGAGAAAAGCAACCUAAUCUAAUUACCUAUAACCAAGAGACUACUCAAUACAUGAGAAACAUACAACUUAUUGUGGUGACGAUUAAGCUAAACCAAGAAAACCAAGAAACCGAACAUUCACCGAUUGCAUUCAAUUUGGCAAGUGUUUAUGUGACCGUUCGAAACUGCAGGUUUUGAAUGGGUUUGAUUACUGUUCUGCAAGACAAUGCGCAACGAAUAAAUAACAGUGCAAUGCGCAAAGGGUUUCCUGCAAACACAGCCGGCGACUUCCAAAUUUUUCCCAUUCGGUACCUUCUACUCAAAACGAAAUUGAGUAAAAACAAUUGUCGCUCGAGUAAAGUGGUGAUAGUUGGCGUUUUAUACUGAAUACAUGAUUCUCGAGUUAUAUGCUUUAUAAUAUGUUGAUUCCCCCAUAUGAACUAAAUUUUGCUGAUAACUAAAUUCACUAAAUGAACUAUAGAAUCCAAUCGCAAUGCUACUGAUGUAUCUAUCAUUUCAUUUGUUUUCACAUGUUUAUCUGUUAGUUAUAUAAGAAAAAUGGCCAUUUUUCUUUUCCCCUUAGAUACUUGCAAUAUCCAUAUCAAAUGUUUAGUUUAUUUUACUUUUUAUAUACUUUUUUCUAUUUUUCAAAAGAGAAUCUCUCAGAACUGUUGUGUUAACAGGGCACGUUUUCGCAAGUGAUACCGACGGAUAUUGGCGAGGGGAUGUACGAAAAUGGUUCAACCAACGUACUGCAGAUUUUUUAACCCGGGAAGGUAAUUUUUACGAUACUAGAUGAAAUUUUUCUGGCAAAACAUUUACAUCAGCAGCGACCUUUUUUCGUUUUAUUAUUCUAUUAUAUUUAUAAAAUAUGAUCCGUACUGAUGUAUUUUCAUAUAGAACAUCAAUUUGCAAUUGAAUGACACGGUUUGCUGUAUUAUAUGCAUUGAUCUUACGAUAUCAAAGUGUUGUUCUGGCGUUGCACAAUUUCUCAUAUAAAUAAUCAAUAUUUUUAUAUGUAAAAACACUGUCAGUGAUAUGCUCAUAUCGAUUCUUAUCAUUGGUAUAAUCGUAGACUUUCUUUAUGUGUGUAAUUUGAUUGUACUUGAGUGGAAGAGUAUCGCCUAUCCAAGGUGGUGUUUUGUUGGCACGGAAACCAAGCCAUGUGGAACAGUGAGAAGAAUCAAACACAUAUACGACUGCGUUAUUAGUAUUGUAAUCGAACUUGAGUGAUUUGAACCCCAAGCAUAUAAACCCGAAUGCCAAACGAACAAUAGUAAGACAGAUAUGAACACUUUACCAGAGUGACAUAAACAUGAACAGAGUAUCCAGAAACAGUUGAAGACACUAAUAAUAAAUCAGUACAGUGAAAAAUCGAGAUGGUAGAAAAAGUGAUACGAAUGCAGUUUCUUGAGGGACAAUACGAUUGCUCCUAAAAAGAUUCAAGGAAUAUGAUACAGAGGAAGAGAUAAAUGAUGGAUAGUGACCACAGGUGAGAUUGUUUGGAAAAUGCAUUAAAUGUGAGUUCUUCGGCUUUCCUGCUGUAUUCUGAUUGUCACACAGUUGUAUAUGCAAUCAUAUAAAGUAUAUAUAAUCAAAUGAAAUAAAAUAUGUGGUAGAUAAGGUACAUUAAUUCCGUAAAUCUAGAAACGAAAGCGUUAAUCCCUUUUCUCAAAAUAGCCUAUCUUUUAACAUAUUUUAGUACUAAGUCAACUAUUUUUAUCAACCGAUGUGCACAUUACACAAAGCAAACUAUCUGAAUGGUUCUCACGGCUCUUAUACAUGAAUGAAUGUACAUUCUAUUUGUGUCACCGCAGUCUAUUCCACAUGAAUCACCAUGAAUAAAUUUCGAUCACUGAUGAGAUUCACUUAUUCUAGCUAGGCAUAAAAAGUGUGCAAGCACAGUGUGAAAGUCUUUUCCGUCAAAGGAAAGGAAUCAACUCCCCAGGAGGAUAUGCCAGCGAUCGCGGAGUAAUCGAGGAUCCAAAACUAUUAUAGGUGUAAUCUCUAGCUCUAUUUCGACCGAUUCUUCCAUCCGUUGCUAAACAAGUUGCGUGUCAACAAUAAAGUUGUUCAUUACAUCCAGCAGCUCAUCAUCUGUA